UCCCAUCGAUCGUUCCUCUUGAUAGAUGCAGUCGCGAUGUAAUGUCACGUGCGUGCACGGUGCAUCUGCUUGCGUAGACAGCCGUAACCGAUCUCGUGUCCCCGAGUAUACGAAUUAUACGUAAGAUAUAUUUGUCAAUGACCGAGGAAACUUGGGAAAUCAGGUGAAAGUAAUAUAUUAUCAGGAGAAAGAAAUAUUCGAGGAGUGAUAUUUUUACGGUUCGAAAGAUUGGAACCGACCGAACAGAUUAUUAGAACAGAGCAGAACAUUCACAGAUACGUGAGCCCUAUUGCUGCUGAAUUGACACAAAUUAAUUAAUCAGCACGUACACGCGAAUCAUUUUCGCGUCGAUAGAAUGCAAGGCACGGUUGUUACCCACUUCGAUAUGGAAAAUUCUAAUGAACAGUCUAUAGUCGAGACUAUAUAGAUCAUCUUAUCUAACGUUGGUUCGUGUUCUUUCGUGAUGUAAAGCACCCCUUUGAUAAUACAGUGUUUAUCUGUCUUUAUCUCGCGCAUUAUUAUACCCUCCAUUCAUUUAUUAACUGUAUGCAUACGAAAUUUGAUUCUUUCCACCUUGUUCCUACUUUUAGAUUUCAAUUAUCGGUAACGUGUUGCUUGCAUUGUAAUAAUUCAUCCGCAAUUCGUUCGACAUUUCAUUCUUCGAUGUUCUUCUAUUUUUAAAAUAAUUCUCUGGAUGGCUGGUGUGUCCAUUCUUCAUAAUCGUAUUCUUGCAUUCGUUAUCACAAUCUGAUAAUGGCGUACAAAAUUUAGCUUUAACAAUGUUUUUAUGUACUUGGCAUUAAUUAUAAACUUAAUUGAGAUUUAUAUAUUAUAUAAAAUUGUUAAAUUAAUCGAUAUUUCCAAUUGUCAAACUGUCAGCGAUGUCCUAGUCUUCACUAUCAUUUAUCUAUACUUAUCUCAGCCGAUACCAUCUAUAUGUAUCUGUGAAAGAAUUAUCAACUAUCCUUAUCAAAUUCGCAGUCGCAUCAAUACAAUUUUUCAAUAAUUCAGACGAUUGCAAUUCAUUGUUGCAGCUCCACGUUUCGUUUGUUUCUUUUUUUCGACAUUCUUCUCGUCAAUUUCACUCAACGUAAAGAGAGGAAAUUUAUAUUGAACAAGAAUUAUAUAUCUGUAUUGCCGGAGUCACUAUUUGGCUUUGGCGCGAUAAAGUCUUAAUAAAGGUUUCAUUAAAAUAUUCACGUUGUAUGUCUCGUGUUUCCUUCGUCGUCUGGCGAGUCUCGAUAAUCACGGCCUUAUGCAAAUUCUGCUCAUUCUCCUUUGGCAAUCGCUGGAUGCAUACAUGAAUAAUAUUGUUUUGUUGGAAACGUAUAUAUAUCAGCACUCAUUACUAACAACUUCUCUAGAACUUGAAUAUUUCAUUGUUAUUAUCCUUCUUUUUGAUCGUAAAUUUUUUUCCUGAAGGAGACAAAGAAAGAUCAAUGCCUUCUCAUAAAAGAUAAAAUAUUUUCGAGCGUCUGUUUUCUGACAAAUAAACCAUGUGACAAAUAAAUACGCUGGUGAAAUCACUUUCCGCACGAUUUAGAAAUGUAUCAAAGAUAUUAGAUACCAGUCUAUACCAAAUAUUAAUUCCUAUGGAUAUUAAUAUCACGAUGCAGGAAUCUAUUGGAAUGUAACAUCACUUUCAAGUAUAUAGAGUCGAAGAAAAUAACUAUCCUUUUAACGGUGUAUGAACGAUUUUAUCAAAGAUCCUAAAAUACAUAUAAAUCAAAAAAAAUAUAUACGUACAUUUAUUAAUAACAGAGCGAUGUAAAAUUAAGCCUUGAUGAAGAAUGCAUUUAUAUCCCGAUCAGAUUCGUUCGGACGUUUCACUGCCUAUACACGUGCGUGUAGAGUAUAGAAGCAAUGGAUUGCCAUGGUGGGGAUGGAGAAGCGGUCAGUAACGAGAGUAGGGAUGCAUCGUGCGGCAGUAGCGUGUGUCUCGCGUAGGUUUCAGAGUAGAAUGUUAGUGCGGUCGCAUGAGUGCUGGGCGAAGCGUUGGAAGUGAACGUGUUCUAUUCCAUUUAUCUUAUCGUGUCUGAUUCUAUCAUUCUGCAAACAACAAGAAAGCAUUGUUAUUCGUCUCUCGUCGAAAGAACGGUUCCAAUUCGUCGAGAAUCGAGCCGAGAACAAGCCCAGGGAGAUGUCAAAGAACGCGAAGAGAAAGGAGAGAAGCUCGACCGCGUGAAGUGUGAGAUUCGCCUCUAUGUACGUGUGCGUAGCUGUUUUACGCGCGUGUAUAUUCACUGUUUGUGCGCACAGCACUAACUAUUCGGUGUCGGUGUGCGUGUCGUGUGGGCACACACCGUGUGUGUACACCUUUUCAAAGGUGGAAAGAGAAGAGACGGGGGAGAGGAGAGAGAUGAUGACAGUGGCAACGACUAACAGCCAGGUGGGUCUCUGACCCCACUGGACAAUAAAACAGCUUCGUGAUUUAACAGUGUUCAGGAUUUAAAGCGCGUCGACACACGGAAAACCCUCGGAUCGUCGAGAAAUUGUUCCCGCCGAUACAUCCUCGACAAGUUUUGUGCGGAGAUAUUGGUUAAUUUUAGAAACACUGAUGGAUCUGUUGGCACGGCUUUGCCAUGAUUCACGUUCCGUUCUCGGCUGAGCAGAGGGAACAACGAACCGCUCUCCUUUGUCUGACAAUGAGGAACAUGGGAAUCUAGGUCCAGUCCGUCGAUCCAUGGAUCGGAACUGAGAAAGCAUGGAAACGUGACGUUCAUGUUGAUUUAUAUACACGAAUACAGAUACAUAAGUACACACUAUGAAUAAGAACGUUUCAACUCGAAGCUUGAACAAUUUUAUAAAGUAUCUUUUGCGUAAAUCGUAAACUUACCACGGGAAGAUGAUUUAAGAUGAUUUAAGAAGUAGCUUGAACACGAUGGAAUUACAAGUCAACUUGUGUUACAAUUAACGUGAAAAUUUAAUUAGGUGAGAAUUAUCGAACACCAGGGGAGGUGUGCAUGAAGCUGAUAAUCAAGACCAAUCGAAAUUAUAAAACAUGAUUUAUUCCAACUGCUCAUUGCUAAUCACGUGACUCGGAAGCGGUGAUUCAACCGUGCAGAAGUGCUUCGCGCUGAGCUGUCUUUUAUUAUCUAAGUAACUAUCGUUGGUAGAAUGUACGAAGCAAAUGUUGAUAGUUCUUCGAGUCAGUGUUCAACGCCACGUCGGGAUCUCGAAAAUGUGGAAUCGUCUUCGGAUGUUGCGACGGGGCCGAAGCAUGUGGCGCAGCUUCUACGUUCCUGGAUCCUUCGGUUGAAAACGAGCGGCGAGGCAGAGAAAUAUCCAUUCGAAAUGGAGGAGAAACCGAUACCGAAACCGAGAUCGGUGAUGACCGAACGACCGGUACCGGCACCGAGGAGGUUACCACCGUCGUUGCCAGCGGCUCGGUUCAGCAGUCACAGCGAUUCAAGCCAAUCGGAGAAAAGCGACGACUCGAAAUCGACGUCGGAAACGAGGAGCACGAACAGUGAGUUCUUUCGAAAUCUGAGCAGCAGUUCCCGGCAGUUGAAAGACGAGAUAUCUGAGAAGAUGACGAUGAAGGGCCGUGCGGUGAUCUCGAGCACGAGGAACGCCAGCAUCAGGCUGGAAAAAUCGGUGAAGAAUCUUCUGACGCGAAGGUUAACAUCGUUGAAUCAAGAUGAGAUUUUAAGGGAUAAUACUGGCUGCAAUAAGAAGUUCAAAGACCCGGUAGCGGAUGAAAGAUGCGUCUCGAUGCCGGCUGAUGAUAUUUUCAGCAGCAUCUCGUUCUACAGUCCCUUGAACAGUAAUCUGAGAAGCGUCAGAAACGAGGAAGACCUUUCCGGGACGCGUCACAGUCCACCACCUCCUGCAUAUCCUCCUCCGCAUCCUGACGAGUCUAUCUACGACGAAUUGCAGUCCGUGACGUCGGGCAGCAGCCGAUACGACACGAUCAGCUCGACCAUCUCUGACAAAGUCGACAGGGACUUCCCCGAAUCGUUUGAUCUCCUUAGUUUCGCCCUCGAACAGGCCAGUGAUUCAGAUCAGAGCUUGAACCUCUCCGACGUGAACGUGACACUACCGUUGGACAAAUUGGACAACGCGAAACGAUUAUCGAGAUCCGAUUCCUGGACGUUCUACGACACCGCGCCAGGUGGGAAAUCCGAGGGGGGGCUGGACGAGCUGGACAGGAUAUCGAGCGCGGAGGAGGACGUCCUGGAUAAAGACGUGCCUCUGCUCGAUCGGACAUCCAACGCGUCGAACGGAAGCCAAGCGUCUAUCCAGAAUUCGCUGUACGAAAAUCUGUUGCCGCAGAAGGCGCAGGAGGAGAAGGAAGCAACGUCGAAUAGCUCGGAGAACAGGCAACAAAGUAGCAAAUCUUUACUGUUCGAGUUUGAUCCGUUCGCUAGGACAUCCGACGAGAACGUGUACAGUAACUUCGAGAACAACGAUUUAAUGUUAUUGGAGACUUUAUUGGCCACCAACGAUUCGCCCAGCAGCUCCGAUAGUAUUCUGGACUUUCAAGAAGCGGCCGAUAACGAGGAGGAGGAACGCGACGACGUGGACGAGGAGGACGUCGAGCAAAUCGUCUCGUCGGUACCGCCGGAACCACCGAAGAGAUUCGACUCGUUGCCGAAAAACGAAUACGACGAGGUGUCGGAAAUUCUCCCGCAGACAGAUAGAAGUGCCGCGGGGAAAAGCCCGGCUCUGCUGCCAAAGUUGGCGCAUCUAGUUACUCGGAAACAACCUGCUGUCCCGCCGAGAAAGUCAAGAACCAAAAAUCGUUCGAACGACCAGCCUUCCACAAUUUCUACAACAGCUGAACCAGCGGCUGCUACGACUGCCGAUGGUCCAGUUACAACAACGACGAGUAGCAUAAUGACAACGUGCGCCGACGAAUCGUCGAGUCCUUCGAGUGGUAAGGCCACGGAGGAGCACAGACGCGUGGGCGUGAUUCAGAAAUUGAAAAAAUUGCGGCACGAGUCCACGGGGCACGGGAUCAGACCGAACGUGAUGAGUUUCGUGAAGAGCGGUAGUAAAUUGCUGUCGAGGAAUCGUGACCACAGCACUGGCGGCGUUGUGCCAAGCACGAGAUCGACGAAAUUGGCGAGACCAAGGCUAAACGAUCUACAAAAUCUGACGACGCACCGAGGAAUCGUUUACAGGACCGGUGUAGGAAUAGAAAGGGCGAAGGACCUGGUGCCAAGGGCAAUGGUCUUGGCCGACCAGAAGCUCUCGUUUUACACCGAUAAGGGCAUGUCUACUCUGAAGGAGAUCGUUCACCUCGACACAGUAUACAGCAUUCAUCUUCUCCAGGACUUUAAGAUAGUUGAUGGAGAAACCGUACAUUGCAUAGCAAUUAGCGGUGAAGGAAGACCGAGCGUUCAUGUAUUUUACGUGAAGGGUACUACAGAACGAAGGAUUUGGGCUCAGAGAAUACUAGAGGCUAUUACUACGAUUUUUCCCACGAAAUACACGGCUGAACUGACGAGGGUAGGAUGGGCCUACUUGAAGGAAGGCGUAACGGGCACGUGGUUCCCAGCUUGGGUUCUUUUGUACCAGCGAACGUUAAUUUAUACGAAAUCUCUAGAUUCCUCUGUGACCAUAACAUUGGGGAAACUUGAUCUUCGGAAGGCUCGAUGCAUCGUUUUACGAGAACAGGAAGGACCGAAUGCCGACGCAGGAUCAGUUCCGGUGGUUGUCGUUGAUGCAGGUGGUAAUGGUGCAUUACACGUGGCUGCACCAGGAACUCACGAAGGAUCCGCAUGGAGACACGCACUUUAUCAAGCCGCCACUACCUGUGGUCCCGCUUUAGAGCAACAACAACUCACGCAGGACAAUGUGCCUGUGAUCCUCGACAAAUGCAUUAAUUUCAUCUAUGUUCAUGGUAUUAUGUCAAAGGGCAUUUAUCGGCAAAACGGCUCCAACAGCGCUGUAGUUAAAUUAUUGAAAGCCUUUCGUCGCGACGCAUGGUCGACACAAAUUACAAGAAGCGCAUAUACCGAACACGAUGUCGCUACGGUUCUCAGAAGGUUUCUUCGUGAUUUACCGAAUCCAUUGUUUCCCCCUGACAUCCACGAUCGGCUUUGUCUUACCUCAGAAACCGUCAACGAAAACGAACGAGUUUCGGCGUAUAGGAAAUUAUUGUCUACGUUAACGCCAGUACCGGCAGCAACGCUCAGGAGAAUUCUUGCUCACCUUCACUGUUUGAGUCAACAGAAUUCCAAGAACCUGAUGACCGGCGAGAACCUUUCCGCAAUUUGGGGACCAACGUUAAUGCACGCUGGCGAAAACAGCGCGGAAGAAUGGAACAGGUCCGAGACUAGAGUGAUCGGUGACCUGAUCAAACUCUAUCCGAAAUUAUAUCAGCUGACAGCUGCGGAUUUGGCGAAGGAGGCGAAAAUUCUGGAGGUUCUCGAGAAACACCACGGUUCAAAUAACGGUUUACGCGGCGCACCAUCGGGUGAUCUGAAGAUUUGGAUAUAUAUUUUUUCGAGAGAUGGUGAAUGUGUUAAUGUGACCAUCGGUCCACAAAAGACUGCGUUUGACGUCUGUCAAGAACUGGCGGAGAAAACUAACAUGUUAGCCCAUGAACUGUGUCUGGAGGAAUACACAUUGUCUGGUGCACUGGAAAGACCACUCCAUUAUAAAGAGCGUGUCCUUGAAGCAGUAGCAAGGUGGGGAUACUGGGACUCUGAAGAUAGAAAAGACAAUGUCCUCAUACUUAGGAAAGAUCGACUAUACAAGGAUAUAGCACUCCUGAUGAAACCACCAAUGACAACGUCUGGAGAGCUUAAGUUUGCUGAUACAAAAUCGAAAAAUUUUAAGAACUACCUCUUCGAAUUUAGUCAAGCGAAACUUUAUUGUUACAAAGAUAGAGUGUGCGCGAAUGUACUGUACGAAUGGAAAGUAGAAGACAUUAUUUGGUAUUUGGGUCACGAGCCAAAGCGAAAUCCACAGACGGGAUGCAAAGAAAGUCCAUAUUUUGGAAAUAUUUUAGCAGGAUCGUUAAAAGAGGAACAACACAAAUGGGUAGCAGCUAUGGUCUUUGGAGAAUAUCAGCUAAAUAUUCGACCUCCGUCAGUCAAUCUCAUGGAUCCAUGAACAAUUAAUUUAUAUUCUUAAAUUACGCUACUUAGUGCCUUUAAAGUUUAUAGCAAUUAUUUUUGUAUCAUGUAUAAAUUUUCUCGUCAUAAAUUCAAUGCCUGUGCUUGCCUUAAUGUGAAAGACGACGAUUUUGAAUAUUUCUAGAUAAUUUACGUAUCUACAUCGUAAUAAGUAAAUGAAUAUAGUACCGAAGUGUAUUCCAGCAUUCCGAAAAUAGAAAUGUUCCAAUCGAGUGAAUUGAAAUAAUUUAAAAUGUAUUGUACAUUUGCAAAAAACUUUACAAAACACUUUUGUACGUAUUGUACUUUAUAUAAAUAUUGCCAAUUGUGUAAUAUAACGAAAUUAAUGUAAUUUUAAUAUUUUUAUUUUGAAAUAAAUAAAUAGAACGAAUCUUCACUUAUAAGAAAU